GAUAUACUAGUACUUUAUAUUUUUGGGGGCUUAGUAUUUGGGGGCCAAGGCAAGAGCUUUGCUUGCCUGAACCCUAGAGCCGCCUUUGGCUAAUCGGUGAGGAAAAAAUCAGCAUCUUGGUGGAAACAGUCAUUAUAGAAUCGUCAAGGGCUAAACAUAGAGGCCUUGAUAGGAGACAAUUAUGGCGUCGGUAGAAACAGUUAAAGUAGAGCCUUCGGCGGAUCUAGAAAAUGAAGAGGAAGUUAAAUUUGUCUGGGGUAGAAAGAGAGGUAUUGGUGGUAAGAGGAAGGAGGUUCAGUUUUAUGAAUCUUUUACCUAUGAUGAUGUGGAGUAUGCUCUAUAUGAUUGUGUAUACAUGCACAAGGAAGGUCAACUUCCUUACAUUGGUAAAAUCAUAAAGAUAUGGGAAAACCCAGAUAAGUCCAGGAAGAUAAAGGUACACUGGUUUUUCCGGCCUUCAGAGAUCUUGUAUCACCUGAAAGGUGUAGAAGUGGCAGCUGAGAAUGAAAUAUUUCUUGCCUCUGGUGAAGGCACUGGUUUGGCUAAUGUUAAUCCAUUGGAAGCUAUUGCCGGCAAAUGCAAUGUUGUCUGCACUUCAGAGGAUAACAGAAAUCCACAACCAUCAGAGGAAGAAGUUAAACUGGCUGACUUUGUUUUCUACCGUGCUUUUGAUGUUGGAAAAUGUUCAAUAUUGGAUAAGAUGGAUGACAAAGUUGGUGGGCUGGAUGUCAAGUAUGUUUUUAACAGGAAGGAGAGUCAAAAGGCCAGUCACGUCCUCAAACAUGCUUCUGACCAGAACGGUGAUAAAAAUACUGUGGAAUAUCAAGCUACUACUAAAGAGUCCUUUGGGCUAAAGGCACUAAAUGAUCUUGGAACUUCCAAAGCGAGUCAUUUAGAUGGAAAAAUUGAUGUGGAUGCACAAAGUUCUCUGGUUAGACAGGACGCUUUACAGAGAGAAACAAAUGUUUCACGUGUUAAUAAGGAAACAACUAAGAAAGCGAAUUCUGCCCCUGGUGAGCAAAACUCAGAUGAUGUUUCGCGAGUUCCCAAAGCUGCUGGAAAAUUGAGCCAUAUAGUGGGAAAAAGUGAUGUAAAUGUGCAAACUUCGCCGGUUAGACAGGACCGCUUACAUAGAGAUGCAAAUGAUUCCGGCGUUAAGCAGCAAUCAACAAUGAAAGGAAAUCCUGCGCCUGUGCAGAUUGUUAACAGCACAGCCACUACAGUUGUUCAAAAUACUAUUAGUGAAGAAAAUGCACGCUGCAAAAUCAAGAAUGAAAAGGAUGAUAAAAAAGUUAAUAAGCCUCCAAUCAAUCUGGUGGAAGCUGGUGAAACAGGAAAAUCUCCGAAGGAUCUUGGCGUUUUGGAAGAUAGGCCUUCAAAACGAAUAAAAGUCAAUGGUUCUGUGACUUUAUCAGAGGACAAGGGUGUGAACAGUGUAGAGAAGUCCACUGUUUGCAGAAAUGGAAAAAAGGUUUUGGGAACAAGUGCUGUUCCUUCUGAAGAAAGAAAGAAAUCUGUAGAUAGUAAGCUUUCUGGUGGACUGGACAAGAACAUGAAGAUCAGAAAAGAUAGUGCUGCCUUGGAUAGCAGACCUUCGAAGAAAGCAAACAUUGACGCUCGUAAAGUACAAGAGGAUAGAGAUAAAAGUAACAUGUUAGGUAAAUGUGCUGAUAAUUUAGGCAAGUUGCCUAAAUUAUCAACGGGAACGUCCCCCAAGGAAGUUGAAAGAACGGAAGGCAAGAGCUUCGAAGUCACUCGGAGACCCGUUGCCGAGUCAAGCAAGUGGUUUAAGGCACCUCCGUGGGAGGAAGUGAUGCAAACAGCAAAUGAGCAAGGGGCGCUUAUCUUACUAGAAAAUUUGAAUCCCGAAUAUACAUCAGGAGAGGUGGAGGAUAUUAUCUGGCAUGCAUGUAGAGAAAAUUGCACAACCAAAAUGGUCCAGCGCACUGCUUUCUCUAGCCCAUACUCUGGUAGAGCAUUAGUUGCAUUCAAAACAAGAGAAGGAGCAGAAAGGGUUACUAAAAAGUUGGCUGAUGGAUGCUUAAUGGUGUCAAGUCAGAGGCCGCUUGUUGCUAGCUUUGUAUCUCUUCCUAAAACAGAAGGAAACGCUUCAUCAUUAGCUGGGCAUCUAUGUGUUGACAAACUAAGACUACAACUGCAGCGGGAAAUGAGAGAAGCAGUGUCUACUUCUCAUUGUUCUCAGCCCAACACUAUUGAGUAUGAAAUGGCCAAUGAGUGGCGCUUACUGCAAGCAAGAUCUGACAGCUGGUGGAACCGGUUAUAUAAGCAACAAAAGGAGGACCUAACAAAAAUCGCGUCAGGACUCAAGAGAAAAUAAGAAGCUACAGCUUUGUACAUAGUGUACUUGUGGUUCGGAUAAAUGACAACUAGCCGCCCAUUCCUUCAGGGAUCAGGCAAUUUUUGGCUGUACAUAUAUGGUAUUUCAGUGUUUUUUUGUUUCUUAGAUUCUCAACUUGUUGAAGUUGUAGUAGAAGUUGGGCCUCUUUUUCAGUCUGUGAUCUGUGUACCCUAAUCCCUAACCAACCUUCCAUUGGGAUCCUCGACCUCAUGGUUGAGGCAGUUCAUCAACGUUAAUAGCCGCAAAAUUUUCCUUGCAACGAUAUAUGCAUAUUUCUAUCAAAAACUUUGCUCUAUGCGUUGCUCUUGGCCUGAA